CGUCUGUAAACCAUCUCAGGGCCACGGCACUAAAAGGACCAGUACCCAUUUGAGCCCACAUAAUCCUCUCUCCUUCUCCUUCAUGUUCUCUUCUUAUUUGCAUACGCUGAAUCAGAACUAAGAAUCGGCAACGACCAGCGGGACUCCAAACACUUCUGGCGGCAGGAUGUCUUCAACGGCAUCCUUCGCGUCCUACUCCUUCACCACAUGUGCGACUGUGAUCCUCUAUGACCUGAUCCUCCUCCUCCCCACCGAAAUUGAUUAUGUAUGGCUUCCCCGGCCCGUACAUCCUUUCCUCCUGCUGUUCGCAUUGAAUCGCUACCUACCCUUGGUCGGUAUGGCGUUCACCAUCCACUGGCUCUCACACCAGCCCUCUGGAACCCAGUGUCGACAGUUUUUCUUCAUCAUGAGCCCGCUCGCGGUCACUGGGGUUUUCACAUCGCAAGUGAUUCUCAUGAUCCGCACGUAUGCAAUAUGGGACCGACACAGUGCAGUAUUCUGGUGUUUUAUUGUGACUGGAGUAUUCUGUUUCAUACCGGAGGUAGUUUGCCUUGUUAUACAGCUCAAGACGAUGCAAUUCAUCGCACCGUCGUCCAAUUACCCUGGCUGCUUAAACGUCUCUUCAAACUUGGCCAAGACGUUCUACAUCCCUGUAGUUGUUUCAGAAACGAUCAUUGCUUCUCUCACGCUCUUUAAGGGCGUACAACACCUCCGCCAUUCUUCUCAUCCUUUUCUCAUCGAGUUUUAUGUCUCUGGGAUAUUCUUCUAUGCGUGCCUCCUCUUUAUGACUCUCACAAAUAUUCUUGUCCCUAUGUGGGCCGAAAGCAUCACACCCUUCCUUGGUUAUUUUCAGCUUGCCCUUCAUUCCAUCCUGACUAACCGCAUCAUGUUGCUCAUUCUCAAGCAGAGACGAAUACGUCGACGUUAUUCUAGUGAAGAGCCGUACACAGGUGAUAUUGAACUGUCUCAUACCACGCUGUAAACUUCAUCCAAACACGCUAAAAACCAUCCAAAAAUACCAACUCAGUCUAACGAUGUUUGCUCCCGGUCCUGGAAA